AUGCGCAGCUCUCAGUUGGUGCCCUUAUUGGCCCUGGCUGCACUCAGUUAUGCUACGCCCGAGAAUAAAUGGUCCUCCACGAUGAGAAGGCAGUUACCAAAAGCACCCACUGGCGUCAAAUCAAUAAAAACUCCGAACAAUGUCACCAUCAGGUAUAAAGAACCAGGAACCGAAGGCGUUUGUGAGACGACGCCCGGAGUCAAAUCAUAUUCCGGAUAUGUCGAUCUUUCGCCAGAAUCACAUACCUUUUUUUGGUAUUUUGAGUCACGUCGUGAUCCCGAGAAUGAUCCAGUGACUUUGUGGCUGAAUGGUGGCCCUGGAAGCGAUUCGUUGAUUGGGCUUUUCGAAGAGUUGGGUCCGUGUCACAUCACCCCAGAGUACGAAUCAAUCGUCAACCAGUACUCCUGGAACGAAGUCACCAAUCUUCUUUUCUUGUCCCAGCCCCUCGGCGUGGGGUUCUCUUACAGUGAAACCGAGGCCGGGUCCUUGAACCCAAUUACUGGAGUCACCGAGAACGCCUCGUUUGCUGGAGUCCAGGGUCGAUACCCAGUUAUUGAUGCCACAAUCAUCGACACGACCGAUAUCGCUGCACGCGCAACCUGGGAGGUACUUCAAGGCUUCCUCGGUGGCCUUUCACAGCUGGAUUCUGAAGUCAAGUCCAAGGAGUUCAAUCUCUGGACGGAGAGCUACGGAGGACACUAUGGACCAGCUUUCUUCAAUCAUUUCUACGAGCAGAACUCGAAAAUUGCUAACGGGGAAGUGAGUGGAGUCCAACUCAAUUUCAACUCUCUCGGGAUUAUCAAUGGCAUCAUUGAUGCCGCCAUUCAGGCAAACUACUACCCGGAAUUUGCUGUCAACAAUACAUAUGGAAUUAAAGCUCUCAAUGACACAGUGUACAACUAUAUGAAGUUCGCCAACACGAUGCCCAAUGGAUGCCAGGAUCAGGUUUCUUUGUGUAAACUGACCAAUAGAACCUCGCUAGCUGAUUAUGCUAUAUGUACAGAAGCAGCCAACAUGUGCAGGGACAAUGUUGAAGGGCCUUAUUACCAGUUUGGCGGCCGUGGCGUGUAUGAUAUUCGCCACCCCUACAAUGACCCGACCCCGCCGUCCUACUUCGUUGACUACCUCAAGAAAGACUCAGUCAUGGAUGCUAUCGGCGUGGACAUCAACUACACCGAGUCCAGCAGCGACGUAUAUUACGCAUUCCAGCAGACCGGCGACUUUGUAUGGCCAAAUUUCAUCGAGGACCUUGAAGAGAUCCUCCGACUCCCCGUACGCGUGUCUUUGAUCUACGGCGAUGCUGACUAUAUCUGUAACUGGUUCGGUGGUCAGGCCAUCUCACUCGCAGUGAACUACACCCAUGCAUCUCAGUUCCGUGCAGCCGGUUACACACCCAUGACGGUAGAUGGGGUUGAAUACGGGGAGACGCGCGAGUAUGGCAACUUUUCUUUCACCCGCGUAUAUCAAGCCGGGCAUGAGGUCCCAUACUAUCAACCGAUCGCAGCGUUGCAGCUGUUCAACCGUACUUUAUUUGGAUGGGAUAUUGCAGCGGGUACUACUCAGAUUUGGCCCGACUAUACCACCAACGGCACUGCGCAGGCUACACACACGCAGUCGUUCGUACCACUGUCCACAGCGUCAAGUACCACCGUCGACUAG